GAUACCUGAGUUCCGUUGACUGUGACUGACUCGUGCAAACGGACACACAUCGCGAAAUCUACUCAACUAUCCAGUUCAAAAUGUCGUCAUCAAGGCUGCACGGAAAGAGUUCAGGCUUCACCGGACUUUUGGUCCUAUUGGUUAUCGUAUGUCUCGUACAAAGUGCUACAGGAUCCUGUUUAAGCUAUGGACAUUCUUGUUGGGGAGCUCACGGCAAGCGGUCGGGAAAAUCUCUCUCCAGCGCUCCCGACUGGUAUCUAACUAGGAUCCUGCGCAGUAUGGCUGCCAACUCUGAAAUGAACCGUUCCCGUCACGACGAAGCAAAGAACUCCGAACUCAACGACAUCUUGCGGAUGGAAGUAGCUGACGAUGCAUCUCCUGUAAACUCCCAAAUAUUCGACAACGCGGCCUCUCCUAUUGUGGUACGAUCGAGGAACAUGGAAGCCAAGCCGAUGCUGGACGACAACAUGCUCGCCAACAUGAAGAUGUGGCAACUACUGAGGCAGACGUCAAACGAUAAAUGAAUACCUAUAAUAGCCAAAUGGACUGACGUUCAAAAAUAUGAAAUAAAACAUGAAUUUAAUUAAAUUGUAUAAUCUAAUGAAAUUGUUACCUGAAGUUUUGUUUUUAUUUAAUACUCUAAAAUAUUCUAUGGAAAUUGUCAGUUGUAAGGCUGGGUUACAAUUGACGGUAGCUUGUAAAAUAUAGUGCGUAAGAUAAGUUGUGCCAUUUCAUAUAAAUAUGUCAUCAUCAUCAUCAUCAACAGCCUUUAUCUGCCCACUGGACAUAGCCCUUCCCCAAUGCCUUCCACAAAAUGCGGUCCUCCGCUUUUCGCAUCCAACGACUUCCCGCCGUGCACUAAGUCGUCGGUCCACCUGGAGGGAGGACGCCCCAUGUUCCUGGUCUCCGUGGCCUCCAUUCUAGGACUUUCCUUCCCCACCUGGCGUCUCUAGAUCGACAGAUAUGACCGGCCCAUUCUACUACCGGCCCCGUCUACUUUAGUUCUCUGUCGAAUUAUAUCGUUCCGGAUUUUAUCCCUUAGAGAGUUACCGAGCAUAGUCCUCUCCAUCGCCCGUUGUGCGACUCUUAACUUAUGGGCCCACCCCACCGUCAGUGUCCAGGUCUC